CAGCUGUAAUUAGGUUUUUUCCAACCCUGGAAAAUUUCUGGGAAAAAACGUUUGGGAAAAUACCGUGAAUUCAAACGAUGUCAGAUCUGUAACCUGCUCUUAUUUUCAUGCAUUUGAGUUUAUUAGUUCAUAUCUAAAAACGAAUGCCUCGUCUGAGGAAGAGGAACCUGUCACGGCCGAAUAAUUGUAAAUGCGCUGCUGCUCCAACCAUCCGUUCUGGUGGGAACCUGCUCAGCCGGUUUUCAGUCGCCUUGAGGUUAGAGGAUGCAGAAAACAAUUAAAUACCUUUUUUUUACUUAAAAAUGUCAACGGUUUACAGGACGAUGUGUUAAAAGGAGGUACUGAAACAGCAUCUCUGAGACGGUUGGCGGCUGUUGUUAAAAGCAUUUUGGAUUUAGAAAACUGGUGAUGUCCCUUCAUCUGUGGGUUUUGGGGCGUGUAGUAGAGAGAGAGAGAAGGGGUGGAGUUUUGAUACUGUGCUCUGACUUCAUUAAAGUAAGUGUUUCUCAAAGCGACUAGGUGACUAUUACACAGAUGACAACAGUCUAAGAAGCACGUGCAUCUUCCUCUCUGACGCCUUUCUUGACCUCCUUUUUUACUUUCGGACUCUGCCAUUGAAGGGUCAACAGUGUUGAUUUGUUAGGCACGCGACACCUUUGACACCGGCUUGCUACUUUUUUUUUUUAUUUUCCUCAGUGGAAACUCCACGUGAGCAAGGACGCAUGUGUGGCGUUUUGUUUGUGGCGCUCUGAGAUGAGCCGCAGAGGCAUUUAACCUGGUGAGGGGCACCAGGGAUGGAACAAAAUAAUCAGCGUGCGCCUGUUGUUGCGGUUAAAAGGAAGGGUGUGGGAAGCGGUAAAGAGGUCUGCAAGUCGGCCACACAAGCCCCCGGGUUUAAAUGGGUCGGAAAGUAUUACAAAGCCACUAAAGGCCUGGGAGUCGUCAAACAGGCGCUCGCUCCCAGCGGCGCAACGCUCACGAAACUCAGCCAGCAGAGGAAGACAGCGAAGUCGGGACCUUCAGAAAAGGAGAGAGGUGCGAACGCUGGAGCGCCGACGUCCAAACAAACCGGCCAAGAGAGUCAGGUCAAAUCCAGCCGCGAGGACCGGGACGACCUGGUGCGCUCCUCCAGCCACACCACGUCCAACAAAGCCCAGAUACUGGCCAUGCCGCAGUUCGGCCUGCGUGACAACAUCAUCAGGUGUGAGCUGCUGAAGACCGAGGACCUUUACACUUACACCGAGGACUUCAGCUUUUUUCUCGGCACGUACAAUGUGAAUGGACAGACGCCGAAGGAAAGCCUCCGUCCCUGGCUGAGCUGCACAGCGAACCCCCCGGACAUGUACUGCGUGGGUUUUCAGGAGCUCGACCUCAGCAAAGAGGCUUUCUUCUUCAAUGACACGCCCAAGGAGCUGGAGUGGACGAAGGCCGUGGCAGAGGCCUUGCAUCCAGAUGCCAAGUACGCCUUAGUGAAGUUGGUGAGGCUGGUGGGCAUCAUGCUGAUCUUCUACAUUAAGAAGGAGCACGCAGAGUUCAUAUCUGAUGUGGAGGCGGAGUCUGUGGGCACCGGCAUCAUGGGAAGGAUGGGAAAUAAGGGAGCUGUGGCGGUUCGCUUCCGCUUCCACAACUCCGACAUCUGCGUGGUGAACUCUCACCUGGCGGCGCACAUUGAAGAGUACGAGAGACGCAACCAGGACUACAAGGACAUAUGCAGUCGUCUCCUGUUUCGCCAGCUUGACCCGACGCAGCCUCCACUUACUAUCAUGAAGCAUGAUGUGAUCGUGUGGAUCGGAGACCUCAACUACAGGAUCACUGAACUGGACGUCACAACGGUGAAGGAGCUAAUAAGCCAAAAGGACUUUGAAACACUGCAUGGUCAUGAUCAGCUCAAGAGGCAGAUGGAUGAGGAGGCCGUGUUUGUUGGCUUUGUCGAGGGGCCGAUCGACUUCCAGCCCACCUAUAAAUAUGACACCGGCUCUGACAAGUGGGAUACAAGUGAAAAGUGCCGCGUGCCUGCGUGGUGCGACCGGAUCCUGUGGAGAGGGAAGAACAUCGCGCAGCAGCAAUAUCAGAGUCACAUGACCCUGAAGACCAGCGACCACAAACCAGUCAGUUCCCUGCUUGUCAUCGGGAUUAAGAAAGUAAAUGCUGAGAUCUAUAAGAAAACCUUUGAGGACAUUGUGCGCAAUAUAGACAAAUUGGAGAAUGAGUGUAUUCCAUCUGUAACUCUGUCCAACCGAGAGUUCCACUUUAAGGACGUGAAAUACAUGCAGCACCAGUCCGUGACACUGAGCCUCUCCAAUGAUGGGCAGGUCCCUUGUCAGUUUGAGUUCAUCCAGAAGCCGAAUGAGCACACGUACUGCAAGCCGUGGCUCACAGCCAACCCUCCCAAAGGCUUCAUCGCUCAGGAUGGUUCCGUGGACAUUGAGCUUGAGGUUUUUGUGAACCGCUCGACGGCGCCCAAACUGAACUGUGGGAAGGAGAAGAUGGAGGACAUCCUGGUGCUCCACCUGGAGCGUGGCAAGGACUACUUCAUCUCCGUGAUGGGAAACUACCUGCCCAGCUGCUACGGCUCCUCCAUCCAUUCAUUGUGCCAACUGAGGGAGCCGAUCCAGGACAUGCCUCAGGAGACCCUCCGCCGCGUGGCGGAGAAUUCCCAAACGGACGAUGAAACGAACACUGAAAAGCCUCUAGACAUUCCUAAAGAACUCUGGAUGAUGGUGGAUCACUUGUUCCGCAAUGCACUCAAUCAGGAAGACAUUUUUCAGCAACCUGGGCUCCGAAUUGAAUUUGCAGAAAUAAGGGAUUGCCUUGACACCGGCAUCCCAGAUUCUCUCCCGGGCAGUAACCACUCUGCGGCGGAGGCCUUGCUCCUCUUCCUGGACGCCCUCCCGGAGCCGGUGGUCCCCUACUCCUUCUACCAGCAGUGCCUCGAAAACUGCUCCAGUGCCAGUCAGUGUGAGAAAAUUAUUUCCAUGCUACCUCAGUGCCAUAAAAAUGUGUUCAACUAUUUAGCUGCCUUUCUACGUGAGCUGUUGAAGAAUUCUGCGAGCAAUCGAUUAGAUGUCAGCAUCUUGGCCACCAUUUUUGCAUCCUUGCUCCUGAAGUCACCGACGAAGCAGGAUCUCGCAGAAAAGAGAAGGUCUCAGGAGUUCUUUCAGCACUUCCUGACCCAAGGCUCAUCGUAGGAGUACCAUAAAAGCUGAACACUAAAAACUGUACAGUCCACUAUUUGAAAUAAUGUCUCAUAUUCUUAGAUGGCUCUUUGUGUAUAUAUAUGUUGUAUGAGUACAGUAACGGCUCUCAUCUGAUAUUGUUUCUCACAGGAAGGUUAGUUCUCUGUGAAGUCACAUUUCUGUGUACAGACUGUAUUUCCCACUUGAAAGGUUUUUUUUUUCAUUUUUGGGGGAGUUUUUCAUGUGCCGAUGGUGGGUUUCGGGACAGAGGAUGUACAGACUGUAAGGCCCUCCGAGGCAAAUUUGUAAUUUGCGAUUUUGGGCUGUACAAAAUAAAAUGAAUUGAAUUGUAUUGUAUGUCAGAGCGUCUUUAGAGGUGUAACCAUUUUAAAUGUAUGUAUAUUUUAUUUUUUAAAAAUUGUAUUUUAACGUUUUUUGAUCAACACAUUUUUAUACAUAAAAUGGUUGGAAACAA